CGAGUCUACCGUACCUCACCUUAUCCUGCCUCCUCUCCAUCGUUUCCUCUGCUGCCCAGGUCGUCGCCACCCUCCCACCUCUGCUUCCUCCGCCGCCGCCCAGGACGGCGUCGACGUCACCUACCUGCCCGUCCUUGCCUCCUCCUCUGCCGCCACCUGCUCUACCUCAACCUCCUCCACCGUGGUCCCGCGCAUAAGCCCGAUAAAGGCUUCGCGGUCAGGGCGGCGGCUUCCUCCCCAUCCCCACACCGCGACGCGUGCGGAAACCCUAGCCGCCGGUGAUGUCGGACCCCCUCUACCCGUUCUCCCGCGGCGCUCUCCCUGGCGGCGACGGCAAGCCGCCGCCGCCGCGGUACUCGGAUUUUGAGGUCGACCUCAUCGCGGCCCGCUACGCCUCUUCCCCGCCGCCUCCGCCGUACCCCUCCGCCGCCGACGCCAGCGCCUUCGACUCGCACGUCGGCGCUUUCGACUCGCACAUCGGCGCCUUCGACUCGCACGUCGGCGCCUUCGACUCGCACAUCGGCGCCUUCGACUUGUACGUCGGUGCGGGGCGAUACGCGGGAGCUCUCUAUCACCAAUCUUUUAUGGGAAGUCAUAGUACUGUUGGCCAGAAUGAGGCUUUAUAUUCAUCAAAUACUAUGGCUAAACGCCCUAGGCUUGAAAGCAGCCUUCCUAUGUAUCCACAACGACCGGGGAAAAAGGACUGUGCCUUCUAUAUGAGGACCAGAACCUGUAAUUAUGGAGAGACCUGCAAAUUUGACCAUCCACAAUGGGUUCCAGAGGGUGGGGUUCCAAACUGGAAAGAGGUCCCUGAAGAUUCUUAUCCUGAGCGACCAGGGGAACCAGAUUGUCCUUAUUUUGUGAAGUCUAAUAGCUGUAGAUUUAAAUCUAAAUGCAAGUUCAACCAUCCAAAGGAAAAGGUGAAUGCAUUAUGUGCUGGAACGGACAACGGACAGUCUCUAAUUGCUGAUAGCGCCAUCUUACCAGUGAGGCCUUCUGAACCUGUUUGUUCCUUCUAUGUAAAAACAGGAAAAUGCAAAUUUGGUGCAAAAUGCAAGUUCAAUCAUCCCAAAGAUGUUGAGAUAGCACCUGUGAUUGCAAAGGAAACCAUAUAUACAGCAACAACUGAUGCAGCAGCACACAUUGGUACAGCAGAUAGUUCAGUUCAAGCAAAGGCGCAUGCACCAACUGCCCCAGCUGAGGCACAUAACGCAAAGGGGUUUCCUAUAAGACCAGGUGAAGUUGAUUGCUUGUUUUAUAUGAAGACAGGCAGCUGCAAAUAUGGUUCUAUUUGUCGCUUCAACCAUCCUUAUCGGCCAGUUGUGGAUGUAGCAUUGAUGGAUCCACUGGUUCAAGAUACUCUUCCUACUCCAGCUCCCAUUGACUCUGCGGCGGUGUUAAAUCCAGCUGCAAAUAUUAUGCAAUGCUUUGAUUUUUAUGCGACUCAUGUGCCUAUUGAACCUCUGCCAAUAAUGUAUCCUCAGAGGCCUGGAGAAACUGUUUGUGAUUUUUACAUGAAGACAGGAUCUUGCAAGUAUUCUCAGAAGUGCAAGUUUCACCAUCCUAUCAACCGCUCUGUACAUGAUGCCAAUGAAAACGAGGAUCCUCAGCAGCCUGUGACGCUUACUCUUGCUGGCCUUCCAAGGAGAGAGGACGCUGAGAUCUGUGCCUUCUACAUGAGGUCUGGCACGUGCAGGUAUGGCGUGCUCUGCAAGUUCGACCACCCUCCCCUACAGGAGGCUAUCGCCAAGCUGCAGGCAGGCGGAAAGGAAGGUGAGAAGGAGGAAGGUGAGGAGAAGGAAGGUGUGGAGAAGAAAGGUGUGGAGGAGAAGGAAGGGUUGAGCGUCGUCCUGCGCUAGGCCGUGAUGCUGCAUCCUGUCACCUGCCUCAUUAUAUAGAUUGUAAUGCGCGAAACGCGCUGGUAGUUAAAGGUUGAUGUUGUCCGGGUUGUGGUGGGCGUCCGAUUUGUGAAGUUGAGUACCACCGGUAGAGUUUAUUGGAGCAGUGCUGGUACUGGUGAGUUAUAUCUUCGUUUUUUUGCCGUAGAUGACAAUAAUCUGGUAGGAUGUCAUGUUGGGCCUUGUUUGGUUGGAGGUGAAAAAGUUUUGAUGAAAACUUUUUGCAACUUUGACUACUAAUUAGAGCUAUUAAAUUAAGUCUAAUCACAAAA